AUGUACGGGCGUGUAUGGUCAGCGUGGGCGGUGGCGGUGGUGGUGGUGUGGGCAUGUGGUGGUGGUGGCAGUGGCGGUGUGGUGUUGGCGCUCUUCACCACCACCACUACCACCACCACAACCACAACAUCAACACCCAAAGACCUCAUCGUUAUUAUCCUAUAUGGGUUCAAAGGCGUGACUGAGGAGCAGCUGCAGGAGGGGGACUUCCCAGGCUUCGCGAGGCUGCGAGCUGACGGUGUGAGAGCCCCAUAUCUGCCCCAAGCCGCCGCCUCCUCACCUCUGCCACCUGCCGCCUCCUCCACCACGUCCCAACCCCCUGCCGCCACCCUACUGGCAGGUCUGUAUAUGGAGAAGGAGGAGAAAGACAAUGGUAGCGGCGAGGGAAUAACGAAGUCCACCACCCCUCAGUUCUCUGUGAAGCGUCUGCCAGAGAGAGCGAAGAGCGCGGCUUGGUGGCGGACGGUGGAGCCUCUGUGGGUCACCUCGGCUCGUCACAACCUUAGCUCUGCGCUCUUCAACUUCUACAGGUGUGAGGCGCCCUGGGUGUCCGGGGACCAGUUCUGCGUGCCCGCGCCCCCCGCCCCCCCUCCUGACGCCCGCACCCUCACGCCACACCUCCAUCACGCCCUCGACCUGCUGCAGGGGGGCGGCUACUCCCUGGCACUGGUCUGGGCAAGCGGCGGUCUGGGCAGCAGCAGAGGUGGCAACAUUGGUGGCAGCAACAAGGAUGACAUGGGAGGAGUAGGAGCGGCGUGGCGUGCAGUAGAUGUGUCCCUCCUCGAUCUCCAGCACGCUCUCCAAGACCGCGGUAUUGCCAACCAGACCCACGUCAUCGUCAUCACCAACCCUGAGGACGUGUCACCACCCCCACCUCCCCACCUCGUCACUAGCAGCGGGCAGCCUCUCGGGGAACAAGCCACCACCACCACCACCACCACCACCACUACCACCACCACCACCAGCAGCUUUGGGUCCCUGUACGCUCUUGGCCCCAUGUUCCGUUCUGGCGAGGAAGUCAGCCGAUACACAACACCUUCGGACAUCUAUCACCUUCUUCGCCUCGUCCUGCACUUGCCACCCGCCCCUUACCCUGCUAAUCACACCAUUGCACAUCUCCAGGACUUCUCGUGCCAUCCCCUUCCUGCUGCGGGCGACUCCUGGGUGUGGACAGCUGGCUAGGGGCUGCUGGCGUGUUGUGGUGGUGGUGGUGUGGUAAAUUUAUGUAAUGCUUGUGCUAGGAGAGGAUGGGAAGGAUGACAGGUGCUUGGUAGGAUGUGAUUGGUGCGCUGUGGUGUAGAAAAA